CCACGACUAUUGGUUGGUCGCAUGCAUUUGAAAGGACGGCGCUUUCUUCCGAGACCAUCUUUUUUACUUCACUUUUCCCCCCCUUCCUCUCUUCCUUUCUUUCAAAAAAAAAAAAAACCAUGUUCCGCAUUCGAGCUAUCACCAAGGCGGUCCGAACUCGAACGUUCCACACGAGUUCAACACAGCUGCACGAUGCCGCGAUUGUCGGACUUCAUGUCGAUGGACAGUUGCUCAUGCCUCGAUCGAUCGCUGCAGACGGAAAGGAGUCUCUGACGAGUCUGGUCAAGGCUGCGGGCGUCAAGGGCAAGGCCGGCGAGAGUCGAGUUCUCUAUGGAAACUUUGGACUCGGCUCAGAUAUCCAGAAGGUCGCAGUCGUGGGACUCGGAAAGCAGGGCACUAGUGCGGCGGCGAAGGAUCGUAUUCGUAUGGCGGUGGCCACGGGCGUGAAGGCAUUGAAGGCUCAGGAGGCCAAGGAUAUCGGGAUCGCCGGGAUGGGUCACGACCAAGCAGCGGCCGAAGGAGCAUCCCUGGGACUCUACAACUUCAACCAGUUCAAAUCCGGCAAGAAGGGCGCCCCCAACGACGUCAAGAUUUCGGCACUUGACCUCGAGAGCCCCAACGAAGUCCAGGCAUUUGAGUACGGAGUGAUCCAGGCUCGCGCACAAAACUUGGCCAGGAUCUUGAUGGAGACCCCCAGCAACCAUAUGACGCCGACCUUGUUCGUCGAGAGAGUUCGCAAGGAGCUAGAGGGCCUCGGAGUGGACGCGAAGAAAUUGAAGAUCACGGUCAGGGAUCGUGCCUGGGCUGAGGAGCUGAAGAUGGGCGCGUUCUUGAGCGUCGCCAAGGGAAGUGAUGAGCCGCUCAGGUUCCUGGAGAUUGAGUAUCGGGGUGGUAAGGAUGGAGAUAAGCCCUUGGCGCUCGUCGGAAAGGGUGUUACAUUUGAUUCCGGUGGAAUCUCGAUCAAGCCCUCCGCAAACAUGGGCAUGAUGAAGGGCGAUAUGGGUGGUGCUGCCACCGUCGCCGGUGCUCUCUACGGUAUUGCAGCUCUCCAGCUCCCACUCAACGUCAUCGCCGGCAUCCCCCUCUGUGAGAACAUGCCCUCCGGAAAGGCCUCCAAACCCGGCGACGUCGUCACCUCCAUGUCCGGCAAGACCAUCGAGGUUGACAACACCGAUGCCGAAGGUCGUCUGAUCCUCGCCGAUGCCCUGACCUACAUCUCCAAGACCUACAAGCCCCACACUCUUGUCGAUCUUGCCACCCUCACCGGCGCCAUGGACGUUGCCCUCGGUAGCGCCUACGCCGGUGUCUUUUCCACCAGCAACUCUCUCUGGUCCGAGUUGGAUCAGGCCGGUGAAGAGGCCCACGAGGCCUUCUGGAGGAUGCCACUCCAUAGCGUGUACCUGCCACAGAUCACAGCAAACACCACUGCGGAUCUGAUCAACACGGGCGGACGCAGUGCUGGAAGCUGUACUGCUGCCGUCUUCUUGAGAGAAUUUGUCCACGGAAUCCAGAGGGACGAUGGCUUUGCAAAGACAGAGGGCGAGCCCACAACUGAGGUUGGGAAGCCUCUGGAGGAGGAUGCGGGCGAGGACUUGAAGGCAGGCAGUGUAAGAUAUGCUCAUAUUGAUAUUGCGGGUGUCAUGGACACGCAGAGUAACAGCGGGUACUACGCCAAGGGCAUGACUGGUCGGCCUGCCAGGGCUCUGAUCGAGUUUGCUAAGAGGAUCUCUUCCAAAUAGACACAUAAACCAAAGAUGCAGGUUUUCUUAUUAAAAAAAAAA